AUGGACGGUGUCACGCAUACCGUGAUCAUUGACGGCAUCGACUGUUGCCCGUACGCCCCCUCUUCCUCUUCCCAAAUACCGCUGCUAACAUUCCGAUUCAUUGCAAAGAUGAGCGUGUUCACUGUUGACCUCCGUGCGAGGCUGCGCGCGCGCUGCACCCGGUUCCCCGGGAGCCUGAGAGCCGUCGUCCACGCCUGCAAGCCCGAGCUUGGCGAGCGCAGCGUAGAGCUUGUCAGACACGGCCUGCAUCGGCGUGGGCGCACGGGCUUGAUGGAGUCAAUCUUGUACAGGCGAAUUAGGCGUACCCCACAUCCUAGCUGCGACACGCCCGCGCCCACGCCCACGCCCACCAUCCACUACAUCCAUCCCUUCAUUGUCAUGCACACAGAGUCGUUCGCACGAUCUCUGCUACUCCUUCACGGGCCCGCUGCUGCUGCACCCCUCGCCACCAUGCACGCUCCUUGCGCAAGCCACGGGAACGCUCAGCUGCGGGCCACUGCAGCAUUUGUCAGCGUGUGGCAAAUUGUCGGGUCCUCAAACAUACCAAAUUGGGAAGGCUGGCCUGCGGCGGCACCAAAAGCGGAAGAGCGCGCGAUAGGACCUAUUUUGGGUAGGGGCCGCCGCCGCGAGCUCAUCCCAGCGCCGGAUGACCUGGGCUGUCCCCAAAGGGCAGCUGCCCAUUCGGGUAGUAGCGACCGGGGCGCCCGCUGCAGUCAUUACAGUGCCUUUAUACAUAAAGGCUUGCUGGAUUCAUACAUGAGCAUGCCAGCAUCUGGUGAUAAAUCAAUAUCCCUUUUCAUGCGAGAGUCGAGUGAAGGGCUCCCGCGUGGAGCUUGGGGACCAGGCGGGGAAGGAGGAGGAGGUCUUGUCUGCUCGCAGGGUCGCCGCAUGCCCCUAGUGCAGUCGGGCGGUCGGUGUGGCUGCCCGAAUCGCGGUCACAGACGAGGUCAGGACGAGGUGGCGGCGGUCGAGAGCAGCACUCGGAGCGCCCACCGCCGACGCGGGCUCGUGACGCACAACGCUCAUAACGCGUCGUCGGUCGCGUUGAGCGUGUCGCGCGAGAACAAUAUAUUGUUGUGA